GUGAUAACGAAUAUGUUUUGGCUUGUGGUAUUCUGCUGUUUGUACACAGUUAUAUUAUGUAACAAUGAUGGUUCACGUUUGGUUCACUUGUCUCAAGGUCCAGUACGAGGAUAUAAAGACCCUGAUGAAGGGAUAUUCAGCUUCUACGGUAUCCCAUAUGCUAAAGCGCCGACAGGACCAGAGAGGUUCAAGGCACCUCUACCUGCUCCAGUAUGGUCUGACACUUUCGAAGCAGUGGACAAAGGAAUAGUUUGCCCACAAAGCAAUUUGAUGGGCAUACUUCCGCCAUCUAAUGUACCACAAGAAGACUGUCUCAUAGCAAAUGUUUACGUACCAGAUACAAAUAAAACUAAUCUUCCAGUUUUAAUAAUCGUUCACGGCGGAGCCUAUGCUAUGGGUUGGGGGAAUAUGUUUACUCCGAAGAAAGUAACAAGUACCAAAAAAGUAAUUUCCGUUACAUUUAAUUAUAGACUCGGACCCCAUGGUUUUCUUUGUUUGGGCACAAAAGAUGCCCCCGGAAAUGCUGGUAUGAAAGAUCAAGUAGCGUUAUUUCGCUGGGUGAAGAAGAACAUAAGAAGUUUCGGUGGCAAUCCUGAUGACAUUAUAUUAUCAGGGUUCAGCUCUGGAGCAUCUGCAAUAGACAUUUUAAUACUCUCUAAAAUGACGAAAGGAUAUUUUAAAAAGAUUAUACCAGAGAGUGCCGGGGGUCUUUCUCCGUUUAACGUGCAAUUAGAUCCUAUUGAAAAUGCAAAAAUAUACGCAAAAUUGUUAAAGUUUGAUAAUGUUGAUGAUAUAGAAGCUUUAGAAAAUUUCUAUAAGACUGUUCCUUAUGAGCUCCUGAAUUCUGGAAACGUUAUGGCUUUAAAAAACUCCGGAACUGUUAUGGCACCUUGUGUAGAGCGAGAUAUAGGAGAGGAAAGAUUUCUUGAUGAUAGUCCAGUCAAUAUUCUAAAAAGUGGUGAUUUCGAAAAGCUUCCUACGCUGUAUGGGUUCGUUGAUAUGGAUGGUUUAUUUCGACUUCCACAGUUUUAUCAUUGGAAAAAUGAAAUGAAUGAUUACUUUGCUGACUUUUUGCCCGUAGAUUUACAAUUUACAAACGAAUAUGAGAAACAAAAAGUGGCGGAACAGAUAAAGCAUUUUUACUUCGGCGAUAAACUUGUGGGUGAAGAAACUGUUCUAAAUUAUAUUUACUACUUCAGCGAUGUUUUAUUUGCGUGGCCAAUGUUGAGGUCGGUUAAAUACCAAGUUGAAGCUGGACAUGAUCAGAUAUACUUGUAUCAGUAUUCCUAUUUUGAGGAUAACGCACCUUUCAUUCCCUACACUAACGUACGGGGUGCAGACCAUUGCGCUCAGACAUAUGGAACUUUAGAUGGAUAUUGGAAUAACACAAUCGUUGGUGAGAAAGACGUAUCGGAAGAUAUAAGACAACGAAAAAUUUACAUGAAAAAGAUUUGGCUAAAUUUUAUACUAACUGGGAAACCUAUACCUGAAGGGUCGGGUCUACCAGAGUGGCCGCCAGUGAGCUUCGAUUUGUCGCCUCAUAUGUCCAUCAAUAGAACAUUAGAACUCAAAGGAUCUCUUUUAAAGGAACGUCGUUUGUUUUGGGAAAAAAUUUACGACAAAUACUAUCGGUACCCUAUACCGCCAGUGUUGCCUACCGACUACAAGCAUCUGAACGAUGGCAAAGCCAGAGCGAUAAAUUAUAGUAAAUUACUGAACGAGACCGGGAAGUAAGCGUUUUUUGGUCGAGUGUGAGUUAUUCAUAUUUAUGCAGUGCAAGAGUUGUCCUGGUUGAUGUGAAGGAGUAAGAAAAAGUGAAGGAUUUGAAUUGGGGAUCAGAACAAAAAUAAACAAAAAUUUUAAGAAAAAUCUUUAUUUGGUACUUAUCAAUAUUUUGCGUUGCCUCUCAUAGCCCUAAUUACAUCACGAAGACGAUUCCUCAUGGACCUCAUCAGCUUUUUGAUGAAAUUUUAUAGGAUACCUUCCCAAUCCUCUAUCAAAGCCGAUUUCAGCUCUUUAACACUUGAAGGAGCCGAAUUUCUGGUUGAACUCUCUUUUU